AUGGCAGAAGCUAAGGAAAGUUCUCAAUUCAUAAAGGAUGAUGGACGUGUCCGGCUUUCCCAUGAGCUCUCGGAAGGUGAGAAAAAAGCCACUGAGAAGAGAAAGGUGAAAGUCCUGGAGUGCCUCAAGAGCCUUAACAUUGCCUGUAUUGAAGAUAAGAUGCCCAAUAUUGCCAUGCUAGGAUCAGGCGGAGGUCAGCGGGCCAUGAUAGCCCUUCUGGGAACCUUGGUGGACCUGAAGAAGCAGGGCCUGUUGGACGCUGUCAUGUAUCUGUGUGGGGUAUCGGGUUCCACCUGGUGCAUGUCUUUCCUCUUCAAAGAGAAGGACUGGACAGAGAAAGUGCAGGACUUGGAAGAACGCCUGUGUGAGACACUUUCCAAUCCUCAAUGUGAUAUUCAAAAGGCGACUGCGACACAGGCAGCUGAAGAUGAGCUCUUCUCUCUGACUGAUGACUGGGCCUCUUUCUUUGUCUAUCUUGCAUUGAAGCAGUAUGAUAAGACCAAGUUAUCUGAACACAAGGAUACCUCCACAAAUGGGACCAAUCCUUACCCCAUCUAUGCUUCAAUAGAAGCAAACCAAUUGGAUAAAGCAGGUGAAAACAGCCCAGAGACCUGGUUUGAAUUCACCCCCCAUGAAUCUGGCUUUCCCAGCCUGGGGGCAUUUGUGUGCACCAAAGACUUUGGAAGCAAAUUCAAGGAUGGGGAUUUGAAAGAAAAGAGGGAAGAGAAAAAUAUCUGCUACCUGCCAGGAUUAUGGGAGAAUGCCCUUGGAAGCAUGGAGGAAAUCAUACAAUAUUUAAUAGGUACUGACAUUUCUGUGUGUUGA